AUGGGAGGAUUCGCUCCUCCCAUCCCGCAGGAUGACAGCAACUGGGAGAUCCGCGUGGCGGUGCUGCUGAGUCUCUUCUUCCAAACGGUCCACAUCUUCGUCGGUCCCAUCCGUAGGCGUUCGUCCUCGCCGGUGAUCAGCUUCCUCAUCUGGUCAUGCUACCUCCUCGCCGACUGGGUCGCCGACCUUGCCCUCGGCCUCCUCCUCAACAACAUGGGCAACAUCGGCGGCAAGUCCAGCUCAUCCUCUACCAUCGCCUCGGUCACCAACCCUGAUAGUAGCCCCAUCAUCUUCGCCUUUUGGACGCCGUUCCUGCUGCUCCACCUAGGGGGGCCUGACACCAUCACUGCCUAUUCCAUCGAGGACAACGAGAUGUGGCUCCGCCAUCUCAUAGGCUUCCUCUUCGAGCUCUUGUCUGCCUCCGUCAUCUUCUUCUGCUCCUUCAAGGACAACCCCAUGAUGCCCGCCACCAUCCUCAUGUUUGUCGUUGGCAUUAUCAAGUACGGUGAGCGCACCUACUCGCUCUACUCUGGGAGCAUCAGCGGCUUCCACGAGAGCAUCCUCGGCCCUCCUGACCCGGGCCAAAACUACGCCAAGUUCAUGACCGAGUUCGACUCCAGGGAGCAGGCCGGCUUGGAUGUCGAAAUCGUCAUCUCCGGUGCAGACAGCGAGGCCAAGAGGGCCUUGGUCGACCUGGAGGAAGCCAAGGCCGCACGCGUGGUGGGGAAUACCACCAUGAGCCUUGAGCAGCAGGCGUUCAACUUCUUCCUCAUCUUCCAGCGCCUCUUCGUCGACCUCAUCCUGAACUACGAGGAGAACAGUAUCAGCCACGCAUACUUCCUCGAGCGCGAAGAAGUAUCGUACUCACCGACCAAGGCCUUCCUUGUCAUGGGCGUGGAGCUCAACUUCAUCUACGACAUGGUGUACACCAAGGCCCCUGUCACCUACCGCAAGGCCGGCUGCGUCCUCCGCUUCAUCGCCUCCGCCUGCCUCAUCUCCUCCCUCCUCAUUUUCAUCCACCACGACAAGGGCGGCUUCACGCACAUUGACAUCGCCAUCACCUACCCGCUGCUCCUCGGUGGCGUGGGGCUCGACACCGCCGCGCUCGCCAUGCUCCUCUUCUCCCAUCGGAUACUCAUCUUCCUCGAGAAGACGGAGUGGCUGCAGUGGCUCGCGCUGACCGUCCGGUCCGUGCGCGUGCGGCUGCGGCUGCGGCUGCGGAGCUGGUCAGAGAAGACCUCACAGCUAAACCUCGUGAGCUACUGCCUGGGGGGCAAGCGGGACGGCCUCCGCCGCCGCCCGCUGAUGGUCGGGGCGCUCGCUAGGGUGUCUAAGACGCUGCACGUCCAGGAGAUCUUCGACGACUUCUUCUUCAUCCAGCGUGAGCAUCUCUCGAGGAGACAGGGCCUCCUUGAUUUUCUUUUUACUGUGGCCAAGGAGAGGUCCAUCAAAGCCAAGAUGGUGGCUUCCGGAGCUCUCAAGGAAGCAUGCAGCUCGCGCGGCCAGGGAGCCCUCACGAAGCUUCAUGGGCAGAUCAAGGAGAACCUGAACAAAUGGACAAGAGAAGCCGCACAUAAUAAGGAAGAGCGCGAGGCGGUCAUCCAACGACAGGUGAAUGAAAAGCUCGCUGUACUUACAGACAGCGUGGAGAGGUAG